AGAGCGCGGCCAGAGGCGGUGCGGGCGCGCGACGCGCAGGGGCCGGGCCGAGGCGAGCGCCGCGCGGGCCACCAUGGCCACGGACGAGCUGGCCAGCAAGCUGAGCCGGCGGCUGCAGAUGGAGGGCGAGGGCGGCGACGAGGCCCCGGAGCAGCCCGGGCUGAACGGGGCGGCGGUGGCGGCGGCGGCGGCGGCCGGUGCGCCCGACGAGGCGGCCGAGGCGCUGGGCAGCGCGGACGAAGAGCUGAGCGCCAAGCUGCUGCGGCGCGCCGACCUCAACCAGGGCAUCGGCGAGCCCCAGUCGCCCAGCCGCCGCGUCUUCAACCCCUACACCGAGUUCAAGGAGUUCUCCAGGAAGCAGAUCAAGGACAUGGAGAAGAUGUUCAAGCAGUAUGAUGCCGGCCGGGAUGGCUUCAUCGACCUGAUGGAGCUAAAGCUCAUGAUGGAGAAACUUGGAGCCCCCCAGACCCACCUGGGCCUGAAAAACAUGAUCAAGGAGGUGGAUGAGGACUUUGACAGCAAGCUCAGCUUCCGGGAGUUCCUCCUGAUUUUCCGCAAGGCAGCGGCUGGGGAGCUGCAGGAGGACAGCGGGCUGCACGUGCUGGCCCGCCUCUCCGAGAUCGAUGUGUCCACCGAGGGUGUCAAGGGGGCCAAGAGCUUCUUUGAGGCCAAGGUCCAGGCCAUGAACGUGUCCAGCCGCUUCGAGGAGGAAAUCAAGGCGGAGCAGGAGGAGAGGAAGAAGCAGGCGGAGGAGAUGAAGCAGCGGAAAGCGGCCUUCAAGGAGCUGCAGUCCACCUUCAAGUAGCGAGGCUGAGCCCCACCACCUGGCCCCGGCCUCCGGCCGGCAGGGGUGGCGAGGGCGGGCAGACCAGAGGCCAAACCUGAUCGUCGGCUCUGUCCGAAGGGACCAUGCUGCAAAGCUACACGUCUGUGAACGAGCCGGCGGAGGGGCCUCCCAGAGCGGCCUCCCUGCCUGGCCCCGCGCCCCGCCCCGCGCCCCACCCUCCCUGGCCGGUCCCGCGCCUCUCGCCUCCUGGCUGCCCGCUGCCUGCUCCAGCCGCUCCUGCUCCCGCCUCUACGGCGCUCCCGGCUCUACGGCGCCCCCGCCGGUGGGCUGCCCUCCACACUCCUCUCCUCCCUGCGCCUCCCUUUCCACCUUUCCUUCCCCGCAGAGGCCACCUGCCGUUAACCCGCAGGCUGCACUGCCCCUGGGGCCCUUAAGCCCCUCCUUGAUGGGGGGAGCAGCAGAUGGCAAGAAUCGUGGCCGGCCCCAUAGAGCUGAUCGGUGGUACCCGGACCUCCCCACCCCCAGCACCUGUUCCUCCCGUCCUGCCUCCAAUCUCUGCUGGAAUCAAGGGGGGGGGCUUCUAUCUUGGCGAUGGGACCAGGCCCCUGGCACCCCAUGCUGACAGGGAGACCCCAGCUCUCUGGGGCCCAGCCAGGCAGGGUGAGGGGGCAGCUGUGCCAGUCUACCUCACGGGCCCACACGCUGCCAGCCAUGCCAAGGAUCACGGGCAGGGAAGGCUCUGGGGGCAGAAACACCACUCCCUGAUCUCCCCCACCUUCCCUGGCCCAGAACAGCCUGAGGGUCCCCAGGGUUCUGGAGAGAGCAGGGUGGGGAGGAGGGAUUGGCCCCUUUAUAGGGAAGGAAACCAGCACGUCUCCGCUCUCUAGGAGGCGUCCGAGAAGUGCUUUAAGUAGUUGGCACGGACCAGGUGGUGGGGAGCAGGGGGCCUGGUUCGGCUUUUUCAUGCCAUCCUUCCCCAAGUGAUGUUCACCACCUUGUCACCAGCUACGGGAUCUGUCCUGUCACACCCACCGCCUGAGGGUGCAUGGGGACCCCAGCCCUCCCCCUGCCCAUCCCCACACGGGCCGUGGCCAAGCCUGUGCCACCAGCCCGGCCCUGCGCGGCUCCCGAUGUGCUCGCUCACGUGUGUGCGUGUCUGUGUGUGCGUGCGUCUGUGUCCGUUGCUGUGUCGUGAAGCUGUGCCCGUCCCCCAGUCCAAACACGUGAAAGGCCACAGAGGCCACAGUUAUGCAACUUCCAGUGUGUGUCGUGACAGCGUCACUGCUUUUUAAACUCGGUAACUCUUUAUUUUAGUAAAAUGCCCCGAGAGUCCACAAAAUGGUUGGACUUGCAGAGGUUUUAUUUUUUUGGCCUUAGAAUCUGCAGGAAUUAGCAGGUACUGACCCCAAUGCAGCAGCCUUGGCCCUCGAUUGCGUUUGCCUUAGCGGAUAUGUUUAUACAGAUGAAUAUAAAAAGUUCUUUUUCUUUUGGCUUACGGCUUUUUUUUUUUUUUCUUUCCUCCCUUCUCACCAAAAAAGAAAAGAAAAAAAGGCUACUUCUUCAUUCGGUGGUACGAUUAUUUUUUUUAACUAAAAUAAGAUAAAAUUCUA